AUGGCAAGUGUUGUCUUCCACACCCUCAGUGGCACUGCAGUUGCAUUAGCGUCGGUUGAUGCGUCGCUCGAGGACAUUCAGCGACUGGCCGCCCGUCUCAUUCCCUGCACACGGUUUUGGGUUGUCAUUCCGCCUCCUUCCAUCCGCGCCGCUAAUAUGCACAUGCACAUCCGCCUUCGCAACGGUGAUGCUUUUGGCUUUUUGCCUGACUCUUCUCAACCCGGUUCUACGCGGUUCCCUGCUCUGCACUAUCCGUCCCUUGAUCGGGCGCGGCAGGUUGCCAGCUGGUCGUUGUCCUUCAGGUUUGACACCGGAGGACCCGUCACCCUGUGGACAACCUCCAACCGUUUUGGCCAGUUGGUUUAUGUACGUGACAAUGCGUAUUGGGAUCCUCUUGGCCCCACUUUUCGAAGCUUAGGCGGAGAGACCCUAACCGGUUCCUGGGUACCAGUCCUUACAGGCGACCUGUCGGACCUACAUCUAAUGUCCCGCACCUCAAUUUCUGAAGCGCAUGUGCUCUUCCUUCUGCCGCCAGAGCAGACACCGGUGGGGGUCUUCCUAGCUGGCUGCAACACCCACCGCAUUCCCUUGGGCUGGCAAUUGUUACCUGCCAUCCGUUAUGUGCGUGCCGGUAGCACGCUGCGGGACGGGGACGUCUUGGUUAUCGCCCCGACUGCUGAUCUGGUUUGGGACCCUUUCAGUAUCCGGCCUCCCAGUUUAGAUGAUGUGCAGCCGCAGAGUGCCCAGCACACUUGGCAUCAAUCUCUGACCUCUGCCUCGCCCGGCCCUACGGCUCUGCUAGGCUUUCUCGCGGUUUCGGUUGGUCGCGCUCCAUGGUGGUUAGGGCUUGUCCUCGGGGUUGUUCUAGGGUCUGGCAUGGUGCCAUCUUAUGAGCUCCCCGAUCCGCCCAUCCGAGUCGGGCUGUACCCAUGGCGCGCGCGCCCUGGUGAGGGCGACCUCCUCGAUCUUUCGGUCCGCCCUGAAUUGGAUGUUGUUCUGCUUAGUCCUUUCACAGGGCCUCGGGAGGCCGGUCGUCUUUACACCUCCGCUGCCAUUACGGAGCUUCACACUUUGACGCAGGCCUGUGAGCCGGCAUGGGGUGCGGAUGCUGUGCCUGUCUGGCCGACUGCCGCCCUUCCUGCCUUGUUGGUCGUUCCUCGACCCCCUGACCCCAGCCUCGUGUGUCUGGCGGUGUCCUCGUUGGACCGGCAUUUCUCUGUCCUGAUUCCCUGCUCCUCCACCCUGUCAUGGUUGGGGGAGGCUCUCCGUUUCCUUCAACCCCUUCAGGCGCUCUCCCUGCGGGCACCUAGCUCCUUGGCCGCGUCAACGCCCCCUGACGGCGUUAUCCGAUGGCGUUCAGGCGAUCUUGUUGUCGCCCUGCCUCCGGCAGCCUUCGAGCCUACCUACCAGCCCCCGUGCUUCCACACUGACGCACAGGUUCGGCAUUGUGCUGUCUGGGCCGUCGAUUUUUCAGUCUCUGCCCGGAUAAACUUUAUACUCUGGCGCCCUGGGGUCCGUGCAACCCGGGGACAUGCACCCGAAGGGGCACAGUGGCGGGCCCUCGACUUUACUUUUGCUGGGGAAUUCUGUCAGCACUACCCUGGGCGUUGGGUGCCGGUACCCUGGAUCGCCCAAGAUCAUGCCCAUUUAGUUGUGGUGUCCGAGGACCCGACAUAUGUCAAUGUUGUCAUUGAAGCUGACGGUAGGUGCUGGUGUGCACCAGUCACUGCCGUGACGGACGCCUGGCAGUUAUGGACUGAUGUGCCCUCAAUUCCCACUCAACCACGAGUGCUGGGUCUUUCACACCAGGAACUGCGCCAAGGCACUGUCCUCCGCAAUGGUGACAUUGUGUCAGGAGCGCCCAAGGUCGCCCCGUUAUCGGGUGGCGUUUGGGUUCUCCUCGCUUUCUUUCUCUCUACCCGAUUUCUACCGACUUUCCCGAGCUCCUGGGUUCUGCUUGCUGGCUUGGUUUUCGGGUGGUACCAUGAGGCUGUUGGUGCCCGUCACCUUUCCAUCACAGUUGGCCUCGCUGCCGCCGGGCAGGGUCACGUUAGGGCAGUUAGGAUGCAUGACACACCUUAUCCUAUAGGGGAAUGUCACCGCCUAUGGGAGCCCUCCGGCUCUGUGUCAGGGCCGUUUUCUGGUCCUGUUGAUCGCCCGCCGGCGGAGUUGCGUCAUGCUGCUGUUGCGUGGUCUGACUUUACUCAAGUCCUGCCACCUCAAGAUCCUCGCAUAGUUGACUGGGUACCUGUCCCUUCAGAUCCACUCUUUGUUGUUGUCUUGCUUCAGUGCCCGCCUGCGACUCGAGCAGCAAUCUUGCCAGCCACCUGUCAUGCUGCAGACCUUAUCCGUGCUUGUCGGCGGUCGGUUCCUGAUUUAGCUUGUGUUUUAGCCUCGCCCGAAAUCUGGUGUGGCACCGCCACUUCCUUUACCCCAACUCUUUUCCUUCGGUCAGGGGACGUGCUGACCCUGGCAUGUGCCGGCUGGGUUCCACGCCUGCGCUCUCCUAGUGGCCGCUUUUGGGAGACCUUUUAUCAGGCCCGUAAAUUUGCAUUUUGGGGUAGCCCCUUUCAGAUUCGUACGCCAGGCCUUCUGUUUGCGUGGUCGGCCGGUGAUCCUGUUCCCUUGACGGUUCACACCGUUCAAAAUGAAGUGUGGGACCCGGAACACUGCACAUUCCGUCCCUCCUUGGCCCGGUACAGUGUCGACCGUUGGAUCCCGGCGGCCCGCUGUGAUCUGCUAGGCCUCCACCUUGUCCCUGAGAGUCUUCAUCCGCAUCGUGCACAUGUUCUGCCUCUGCAGCCACCCCUUCGGUUGUUGGAGGUCUCCCGUUACAGCACGCGAGGUCUGAUUCGGGAUGGUGAUAGCGGCUCUCUUGGUAGCAGCGCUCCCUCCCCCCGUCUUAUGCUGUGCCUUGCUGGCCUUCUGCUGGCGCGGAAUGCAUUGCCGCUCUGGCCCAGUGGAGGAGCCCUCCUUUUUGCAGGGGCCUCUUUCGGUGCGUUUCCCUUCAGUGGCACCCUUGUCUUACCGACUGUUUCUUAUGUUGCGAUGCCGGUCUUUUCCCAGACUCUUCGUGUGGUGUCGCCCAAGUGGCCGCCGAUUGCGCCAAGCCGGGGUUCUUUUACCGUUGUCGGGGGACCUCGCCGUGGAGGAGCGCUGCCCUUUUGGCUAGCUGCCCCUGAGUCAGCUGGGAGGCCUUUUGCCCGGACUGCUCUUGUUCCACCGGCAUGGUCCGCGUCCCUGCUUGACUGUUAUGGCCGUGCGUGGGGAGCGCCGGCCGAUGACCGCGACUUCGACGGUUCUCCCGCGACUUCUGCGACGCAUUGUCUUGAUUUGCAGGACGCCGGGUAUCAUUAUGCCGGCUUGGCCGCGCAUUAUUUGUUUAAGCCCCUUCUCACCGACCUUCCUUCGUCACUGGCUUCCCUGCUCCAUCAGGGAUGGUGCCGGUUUCCCCGUUGGCCAGGCGGUGUUCCGGACGAAGUGUUCAUUGCCACUGAUGGUAGUGGGUUAGGCAAGGGUGGUUGGGCCAUAGCUGUGUGGGUCUCGUGGAAGGGUAAUUGGUACCGCCUCGGCUGGGACGCCGGCAGCCUAGCAUCUACACCGUGGCUUCCCUCGUUUCCUGCAACCCAUCUCGACCUUCGUUCUUACCUGGGGGAGCUGAGCGCUUUAGUGUCUGCUGCCGCGUGGUUCACAGUGUGGUGGGACAACAUGCAGCUCCUGACCGGGAACGCGCCUGCCAGGAUUACCUUAGCUGUUGACAACAGUGCAGCGCUUCAAGUCGCAGGGGGCCAUGCUUCGGCGACAACGCCGCAUGCCCGUGUCUGCCGGGCUCUAUGGCAGUCGAUCCAGUCCCGAUGUUCGACGCACUUCAGGCAUGUGCCGGGCCAUACUGGCAACCUCGUCAAUGAAAUUGCCGAUGCCUUGGCCGGGUACGGAACUGCUCAUGACUGUUGUGCAUCCGUCGGAUGGUGCCGUCUGCCGACUACAUUUGGUGACUCACUUUUAGAGUGUGCCCCGCUCAUGUGGCUCUUGCCGCAAGCUUGCCUGCAAGAAGGCCGGUUGUGUUGGCGCUCACCGGGAUGGGUUGAUUGCCCCCGCACGUCCAUUCAAGAGCCCCCGCAGAUACAGCCGCAGGUGCGGCAAGAUGACGAGCAGGUCAAACCUCUUCGUACCACUGUCACUCUUGUGCAAGCCAACAUCCAGACAAUUAAAGAUGUUGAUGUGUCCUUCUUCAAUAGGGAUGGACACGGACAGCGCCGCAUCUACCUGGCUAAACAGCUUCGAGCUCUGGGGGUACAUAUUGCUUUUCUUCAAGAGUGCCGCAGCCGCCCGGGCCGAUGGUCCUCCCACGGCUUUCUCAGCUUCCGUUCGGGAGCCGAGAAAGGGCUGUUCGGGGUCGAAAUUUGGAUCCGCCCCGACCUGCUGCACCCUGCUUUGAGUCUGGAUGACUUCCGCAUCCGUUUUGCCAGCCCGAAAAUUCUGUUAGUGCAGUGUCAACGCGCUGAGCUCCCGGUUACUCUGGUUGCAGCCCAUGCACCUCAUGCUGAGAGGCCGGACGCGGAGAUUCGGCGGUUUUGGCAUGAUCUCAAGACGCAACUUCUUCCUGCCUGCAAUCGCGGUACUGUUCUGUUAGGUAUUGAUGCCAAUGCUGACUUUACGGGCCGUGAUGAGGAAGAGACCCUCGUUGGCGACCUUCUUAAUCUCCGCCCAGCCAGGCUUGGUGACGAUCUCCUUCUUGCCUGUGCUCAUGACACGGCGCUGGCUGCCCCUGGCACUUGGUCUGAGGUCUGCACUGGACCCACUUGGACCUGGCAGCACACAGGCGGUAAGACCCAACGCUUGGACCACUUGCUUAUUACCCAUGGCACUCGGGUCUCUCAGUAUCGCCAAUUUCCUGAAUUUGAUAUCUUGAAUGGCGAAGCAAGGGAUCAUAUGCCCAUUGUCAUUUCUGUUGAUGUCUCCGGGAAGUCAGCAGGUAAAAUGCAUCCACGCUGUCCCUACUCGGCUGACUCCGGUGCCGCUGUCGCGGAAGCUGUCUGGGACGCUCUUCACCAGUCCACACCUGGUAGUAGUGCGGAGAGAGUUCAGCAACUUUGUGCUGCCCAUGCCCGUGCGAUCCGCUGCCUUCCUGCCCGGCCCCCUCUUCAAAAACGGCAACCUUAUCUGUCCGACGUUGCUGCUGGCCUUCUUGACACUCUUCGUGACGCACGGGCCGAGGUUAGGCGGCUUCGCACCCUCUAUCACCGGCAACUCUGUUUGGUUGCCUUUCGGGCAUGGUGCCGCCGCCGCGUUGAGUCCCCAGCCCUGCCAUGGGAACUUCAUCAGGUUCGCAUGAUGAUGGCGCAUUUUGCACAUGUUUGUUUCCGCCUUCGAGCUCAGGCUCAUGCACAGGCACGGCUUGAUAAGCAGGCCUACUUCGAAUCCAUGCUCCUCGGCGCAGUCGAUCACUGGCAUGCCACCGGGCGCCCUCUCGAGGCGGUUGCCAAGCUGUCUUGGGCGUCCAAAGGUGCCAAGCAAAAACGUGAUGUUAGGGCCGCAAGUGGGUUUGACAUCGAUGAGCAACUCCAGCUACAAUUCCAGCAGCAGGAAGAUGGCCGCCCGGUGUCGGAUGCCCAAUUGAGCGCGGCCUUUUCUCUUUGGGCUGCUGAACCGCGUGGCGUUUGUCUUUCAGCCUUACCCACCCUUCUUGACGUUGAACACAUGUGUCGACUCCAGCGCCGAGGCAAGGCCCCUGGCCCGGAUCACAUUCGUAAUGAGGUCUGGCGAACCCACCCCGAUCGCGCAGGCCGAUGGUUGUGGCCUAUGUGGGUUCACCUCGCUUGGGGCGAGGCCGAGCCACUUCACUUUAAAGCUUCUACUGUGGGAGCUCUCCACAAAAAAGGCCCAGCUCACAUUCCCGCCAACUUCCGGUCCAUUGCCAUGCUGAACGGAGUGGCUAAGUUGUGGCACUCCCAACUUCGGGCCACCCUGGGUCAGGAAGUUAUUGCUCACUACUUUCCGACCCAGCUCGGGGGUAGGCGAGGCGUUGACACCGGCCUUGCCCUCACUGUCUUCCGCUCAGCUGUCGACUUGGCUUCCGUUCAUGGCCGGUCUUGGGCUGCCUUGUUUGUCGAUAUUCAGGCCGCAUAUUAUGAGGCAGACCGAACUUUGCUUUUCCACGGUCGUGACCUUGAACCAGCUCUUGCGGGCCUGCAGCUGCCUCGUCAUGUUCAUGGCCUGAUUCAGGAUGGCGUCCUAGCGGGUCUCGGGGUUCCCGCUGACCAGAUUGCUCUCCUGCGUGACUGUGUUGAAUGCUCGUACUGGCGCCUUGUCGGCCAGCACCAAGCUAUUAUGGCAGGUCGAGGGUCCCGGCCCGGGGACGGACUGGCCGAUGUCCUGUUUGGAGCCUUGUUCGCAGUGAUUUUGCAGUGCCUCCAUUUUGCGCUCAAGGCCGAAGAAAUAGUUCAUGCCACUUCCUCUGAUGCCCUUGGGCGACCUGAUGCGUCCCUUCAAAUCGCAUGGGCUGAUGACCUUUGCCUGCUUGUUGAUUUCAUCCGAGCCACUUGGGCUGUCUCGAAGUUGCGUCGCCUUUGCACUAUUGUUCUCCAAGUUUUCGAAGCCUUUCGGUUCCGCGUCAACCUUGGAGCAGGUAAGACCGAAGCGCUCGUUCACCUGCAAGGAGCAGGGGCUAAUGUUGCCCGCAAGGAUCUCUUAACCCCUGAGCCCCUUCUUGCCCUCAGUGAUGGUAGAGGCAUUAGGGUAGUCCCUGAAUAUAAGUACCUUGGGGUUGUGCAGCGCUGUCGUGACACUGGUCGACGGGAUGUCGAGGCCGCCGCCGCGCGUGGCAACUCUAUCUGGACUCAAGCCUCUGGACUUGUCCAUUCUGAGAAGUUGCCGUGGAUGCUCAAGUCCGUAUGGCUGCAGGGAAGGACUCUCCCUGCCGCGUACUCCUCUCUUGCCACGACUUUAGCUCGUUCUGACCGAGCUUGGGGACCCCUGAAUGGUUUCUACGACAAAUGCCUUCGCCAGCUCGUUGGGUCUUGGGAUGCUGGGCACCAUGUGGCCUCAGUCCAACUGCGAGCUUGUACGGGGGUUCUUGAUGUUGAAUGUGCUACGGUUAUCGCUCGUGUGCGCCUGCUCUGCCGCAUUGCCUCGGGCCGUUCCCCUGAGGUCUUUGAAUUGUUCCAGGCCAGCUGGGAUCGCGGCGGGGAAUGGUCUUCCCUCCUUGCUGACGCGGUGCGGCGUGUUUGGCCGGCCUGUGGCCUACCGGCACUCCAGACAGGCGAGCCUACCCUUCUCUGUGUGCGCCGGCAUACCAAAGAGAUCCUCUCGGCCUGUCGCCGGAUCAGUCGGUCCGGCACUAUGCUGUUGGCUCUCCAUCGGGCAUGGAGAAGUCAUGGCGGUCCGCCAGCCAAGCGGGUGAUUGGUCUCGCGUCCCCUCACAUAUGCCCGGAGUGUGGUGCGACUCUCCCUUCGGCCCAUGCCUUAGCGGCGCAUGCCCAUCGACUUCAUGGGCGCGUUGCUCUGUGCACCCAGUACACGUUGGGGACGACCUGUCUGUGGUGUAUGGUCGAAUUCCAUAAUGCUGCACGUCUCCGGUACCAUCUUUUGCACUCACCGAGCUGCGAGCACGGACUUCGGUGCUGUGUUGGCCCUGUAUAUGAGUAUGGUACAGGCACCAAACGCCGCGGCAAACAGGGCCAUGCCAGGGCCCCGGUUUUCCGCGUUGCAGGCCCGUGUAAUGCUACCGCGGCACAGCGACGUGCCGCCGAGGAGGGGCGUUGCUGUACGGAGGAGGAGCUCGCUGCUGAGUUACGCACUAUCGCCCCUGGUCCGGGCUUCUCUGAGGGCACUCGCUCCUCUCCUGUUGUGCCCUUUCGCCGUGCAGGUGGUUACUCUACUCUCCCCCCUGGUGAAGAGGCUAGUACGAUCUCGUGCCCUGAGGUCUUGCGCUCACCACUGGCUCCUGUUGCUUCCCCCACAGGAGCUUUUGACUUUGGUUCACCCACCACCUCGGUUCGGCUCCCUUCUGUUGACACCGCGGCUGCCUCUGCUUGGUACCAGACGCAUCCAACGGAAGGGUUCUGCAUUGUCUAUUGUUUCGACGAGGCCCCUGGCGCCUCGUCGUUCUGCGUCCCCUCUUGCCGGUGGUGUGCGGUGCCUCCAGCCAUCUGGUGUCUCCCGCCAUCGUGGGGGCGGUGCUGGAAACUCUUUCUUGCCCUGGAGUCGCUACAUCCGUGGGCAGCUGAGACUUGGAGACUGUCUGCCUUUCUGCGUCAGGAGGAACGCCCCUCUCCAAGCGCCGCACUCGGAUGCUUGACAUGCUUUGAGCAGAUCGCGGCACAGCGGAUCCUUUUCCUGCGGCGACUGCUCACCUGUCUCCACUUGCUUCGUCAGCUUAAGGCUGGGGCUGCUCUGUGGUGCGCUGUUCCCCUGCCUGGCGCCUUCUGGGAACUUCUGCGCCGUGUCGUACCUCACGCGGUGGGUACAUCGGCUGUCGCCGUGCUUGGUUUUGGCACUGUCGUUAGCCUCCCUGCGGUCGCCCCGCGGGCUCUUUCCUCUCUUGCUUCGGGCUGGCUCUCUUUGGCCUCUCCCCGUCGCUUGGCGAUGCCGCAUCAGCUUCCCUUGUAG